AUGAAGCAAGAGGAUGACGGCAAUUCGAUGACCAUCACCUCUGGGGUGGAAGAUAUGGUAUCUCGGGUGAAAGAAAAACUCAGCUCGAAGACUAUUGAACACGAAGGCGACGAGGAGGAGAGGACGCUUCAAUACAACGAAUCACUUCCUCCGGUCAGACGUGAAUUGUGUUUCAAGGCCAAUAGUCGAUCAGCGACUAGAAACGCAUGUACUGGUGACGGUUUCGCAGGCAAACGAGUUCUGAAACCCAGAGACUACAGUGAAUGGGAAAAACUAGAAAAAGAAUGGGACAAGGAGUUGAACGAUGAAUCUACCAAUCCGGUCAUGAACAGUUCCGGGCAAUCGGUGAACGAGAAGGGUGAACAAAUGCUCCUCUCCGAACCGGAGACACGUGGAUUGUCCAAACUGAGCUGUCGUGAUUUGGCUAAACGAGCAGCCACCAUGCCGGACCAGACGAGGCGUCAAUUGGCCACUAAAGAAAAGGAUAAAGGGAACGAGAAAAUUCAAAGUCAGCAGUGGAGCAAAUAUGUUCAUAGCUUUUCUCUUCCUCGCGCGUGUACCAAAGCCCUAUUUCGCAGUGGUCGAGCAAAUUAUGAAUUGCACAAUCUGGACGAGGCCGAACGCGUUCUCGAACUUCUGACCGAUCAGGAUCCCACAUUCACCAAGGCUCAAAACUUACUGCGUACAGUGCGUGUUGAGAAAUCAAAACGUCAAAACAGAAAACUCCCCGGUGGUCGACGUAUGAUCAUCACCGAUGUGGGCGAUUCCUCUGACUCCUGUGCGUCGGGCGAUGAGAAGUCAAAUGAACCGGAUAACACGAACACCGAGAACACUACCGAACCCGGUACCGCAAUCCCGAUUCCCGUGACCCGUACAGUACAGAAGGCAAUGGAUGAACCCAUAAAACCGGAACAUGAUCAAACCAGUGAUACAGCUUCACCGGCUCCAUCCAAACCCAUCCAGAAUUCGACAAACGUGAAAGUAAAAGCCACAACAAAAGAAUCUGGUAAAACGAAAAAAUUGAAAGUUGCAAAUUCGAAUCGCCGGCGUGUGGUCUAUCCACCAUCAAAUCCGGGGCAAUUUGGACGAGAGGGUAUGGUUAUUGAAGAAGUGACAGACACCGAAUCUAGCGGGGAUGACCAAACCGAGUCUGGGAAGGAAGAAGAUAAGAACAAAAUGGAUACAAUGAAAGCUCAAAGUGAUACCAUAUCGGUUUCCGGGUCAGAAACAUUUCCUCAGAGAUAUGAGAAAGAAAAUGAGGAAUCCGCAUUAGAACAGGGCGAUCUGGAAGAUGCGUACAGCUGUUAUACACGUUGCAUCGACGUCGCAACCCAGACCGGUGUAUCCGAGCAGUUGGCUGUGUCCUACCGGAAUCGUGCGAUUGUCGCACUGGAUAUGGGGUAUUAUCAACGGGUUGUGGACGAUUGCAACGAAGCGCUCAAAUUGCAACCGGGUCAUCCGACUGCACUCUAUCGACGUGCUCUGGGUAGACGUGGCAUUGGAGACUACAAGGGCAGUGUGAUCGAUUUGGAGGAAGCGCAUAAACUGUUGCCAAACAGUGCAAAUAUCCAGAAUGAGUUGGAGUGUUCUCGAAAAUUACUUCACACCACACAAUCCGAAAACGCGAAGAAAUCCACCGAUAUUUCAAACACAAAUCCGACAGGGACAGAGUUCGAAUUGAUUAAUCUAUCCGGGUCCAGUUCAGACCACCACAUCGCCUCGGCAAUUGAUCAACAACCAGUGUCUGUUUCGCCAGAUCCAGAUUGGGAUAUUGUGGAAGAGAAAACGGUGACGCGUGGGAGUUCAGAACCAGAAAAGAAUACGGAAAAUGAAGCAGUGAUUGUGCUAAACAACGAAGCGAUGCGAACCGAAGCCCUAGACUACCUCCUGAUUGGAAUCAAGCUGGAUGCAUUUAUGUUGGACGAGAUUAUUCAAGCAAUGGAAUGGUUAUGUGAUACAGAUUCUCCAUCCCGAAUAGCGCUUGAUUUCACCUAUAACGUCAUGAUCUGCCUCAGCCAAGUACCCCGAUUUCACUGUGGCCUAUUACUCAUCAGUGAUGAAACUAUUCGAGCUGUCCACAUCCUAAUUGAAUUAAUGGAACAAACUGCGAAGUUCGACGAUCUGGCACGAUUGAAGGAAAACUACACAACUGGAUUUUGA